GAUUCACUCGAAUAAGUUUUUUCGAAAAAAUUUCUGUAAUAAACAGAGAAGAAGAACCAAAUUCAAUGCUUCCUUGUCGCCGUCUUGUUCUUUCCUGCAAAAAUGGUGCAUCCAAUUUUCUCCGAAGGUCUGGACCAUCAAAACGAAUUCAAUCAUUCAAUUACAGUAAAUCGACAAGACAGGGCCAUGAAAUUCCAGAUGUUAACCCUCUAUUUCCUACAGUAGGAGGAACUCAAGCUUCUUCUCGUUCUCGUGUUCGUUAUGCUGUUCCAGCAAUUGUACUUGGUUUUGCCGGAUUCAUCACCUUUCUUCAUUACAACGACGAAAGGAGAGCAGUUCCUAGAGGUCAAGCAAGCAGCAAUAGCGGUUGUGGCUGCGGUUCUAAUACAACUGUCAAAGGUCCAAUUAUCGGAGGUCCGUUUACCCUUAUGAGCACAGAAAACAAGAUAGUCACAGAGAAUGACUUUUGUGGUAAAUGGGUUCUACUCUACUUUGGAUACUCGUUUUCCCCGGAUGUUGGACCCGAGCAAUUGAAGAUGAUGUCCAAAGCAGUUGAUAAACUAGAGUCUAAACAUAACCAGAAGAUUCUGCCUGUCUUUGUCACUCUUGACCCUCAACGAGACACACCUUCUCAUCUCCACGCAUACUUGAAAGAGUUUGAUAGUAGAAUACUAGGACUAACUGGAGCUGCAAGUGCAAUGAGGCAAAUGGCACAAGAGUAUCGUGUCUACUUCAAGAAGGUUCAAGAAGACGGAGACGAUUAUCUCGUUGAUACUUCUCACAACAUGUACUUGAUGAAUCCGAAGAUGGAGAUUGUGAGGUGCUUUGGGGUUGAGUAUAAUCCAGACGAGCUCUCACAGGAGCUUCUUAAAGAAGUUACUUCUGUUUCACAAUGGCCCAUUUUGACCAAACACUAAAGAGAGAAACACUAGGAUGCUCUUUGAUUGGUUCUUCAAUUGGUGAAUUUUAUUUCGACGAUUUUGUUUGUUAA